AUGAGUGACAAAGAAGCCUUGGGCCCCCCGAGUAAGGGCUUUGCUGAUGAGGAAUGGCGGCCAGAUAUUGUCGUCGGGGUUGACUUUGGCAUGACACACACUGGGGUGGCAUAUUCGUAUGGACCCGACUGGCCACCUCCCAAAACCAUCCAGAGAUGGCCAGGGAAGCUACCUGGAGAGCUGGUCAACAAAGUGCCCACCUGCAUCACUUACCAUGCCAACUCGACGAGAGUGAUUCACUGGGGCUUUCAAUGUGAAGUCGACAGCCCCGAAGAGGGCUUGAAAGAGUUCUUCAAGCUUCAUCUCUCCCCACAUCAUCCCAGGGAAGAAGGUCCAAGUCUUGCCGAGGCCCAGCGAUGGCUUCAAGACUAUAUUCGAUGUCUCUAUCGACAUGUUGUGUCGUAUUUUGAGACCACCAUUCCACAGUUUGUCACUCAACGGGUGGAAUUUCUUUUCAGCGUCCCCACAACGUGGAAGGAUGUGCGCAUGGUUGAAGAAACCCGUAGACUGCUCGCUCAAGUGAUUGGGGUGCACAAUCCCAACCACCGCGCUUGUAUUGGUCUGACUGAGGCCGAGGCAGCAGCAGUUUAUGCUGGCAAUGAGCAUUACUUGCAAGAUGAUACGAUUUUGGUGUGCGAUUCUGGGGGAGGAACCACAGAUGUGAAUGUCCUCAGACUUCUCUCUGCAAGGGGUGAACCGACACGACUGGCGCAGUUGGGCCAUGUGGAAGGCCACCCGAUCGGCUCGGUUUUUAUUGAUAGGGAGAUUCAUCGCCUCAUAGCCACACGGCUCGAAGCAGUUCGUCCGCAUUUACGAUCGUCUCCCAGUGCGACUGCUUGGAAGAUGACAUUCGGACGGUUCCAGCGCUAUAAGUGUGCCUUUGGCACUGAAGCCACCGCCACUCCAUGGCUUAAGCUCGAUGUGCCGUCCUUAGUAUCUGAUUCCGACCAUCCAGAGGCGGACAUAUAUGAUGGCCAGAUGCAGAUUGCUUGGGAGGAUAUACAAAAGUGCUUCGAUUCGAAGAUUGCUGGAAUCUUCCGGCUCUUGGACGGGUAUAUUCAUCAAUUGCAUAAGCAAUAUCCGAACGACCGCAUUACAUAUUUAGUCCUGUCAGGUGGUCUCGGCAGCUCACCGUACGUGAGGAAAUGUCUCUAUGAAAGAUACAGUCCGGGAAGUUGCCCAGAAACGGAGAAGAUGCAGGUUCUGACAGCCGAUGAGCCACAGCUGGUCGUCGUCCACGGCCUAGUCAUGGACCGGAUCCAACAACUCAAGCGCGGCGUUGUUACAUUUGGAUCCCGAUGUGCGCCAGUGAGCUAUGGUAUUAUCUGCAACAAAUUAUACAGUCGAGAAAUUCAUGUUGGCGAACGAGUCCAGCUCGAUCCUCGCGACAACCGAAUGUACGUGUUGGAUCAAAUUGAUUGGCUCGUGAUCAGGGGCUGCCCGAUCCCCUCAUCCGGGGUUACCAAGGAAUUCCAAUUGAAGACCGACUUCGGCCAAGAGAAUGAACCCUGGAAAGUUCGGAUCGUCAUGUCGACUCUCUUGCCAGAGAAGCUUCCACGUGGCGUGAAAGAUGAGGGAGUUCAGCCGGUAUGCAACUUAGAUAUUCUGACCGAUAAUGUGGAUAAGAAACUCAAGAACCGGCACUGGUACAGCUCAAGGCCUGCCUUCUGGCGCACCUCGUUCGAGGUCAGGGUUGUUGUUGGUCCCGCUGAUCUCACCUUUCAAUUGUGGUCCAAGGGGGAGAGAAUCCGGAGUAAGCAUGAUCCUAUUUCGGUGCAUUGGAUGCCUGCAGAGUAGAUUGCAUUGUGAGCACACAGGGGUCUUGGAUGGAAGUUUCGAUCGUGAUGCAGUUUGGUUUGAAGGCGAGGAUAAGUUAUAUCGUUUAUUCCCUUGAAGGUUGAGUUUCUUUCCAG